AUGGCAGAAGAAGAGUUGCCGGGUGUUUUGAUUCUGGAUGUAGGAGGAACUCAUGGUGUACUAGAAAACCUUGCAGUCCUUUUGAAGAAACACUUUCGCCUUAUCACCAUGAAGGAAUUUCUUGAAAACAAAAAAGAAGUGAGCAAAAAAAUCCAAUCUAUUUUCGUGUUUGAGUGCAGGCCAACUAUCGACCGGGAACUUCUAGAAAGUCUGCCUAAUUUAAAAGUAAUUGGAAACUCUGGGGUUGGAGUUGAUCACUUGGACUUAAAAAUGAUUUCUAACUUCGGCGUAAAAGUGACCAACACCCCACAUGCCGUGGUGGACUCAACAGCAGACAUAGGCAUGGCCUUGAUGCUGGCCUCUGCCAGAAGACUAGUGGAAGGCUGCCAGAUAGCAGUUUCUCCAGACACGAAGCAUUUUGCUGUGGACUGGCUGGGAGUGGAAGUCACCAGAGCCACGCUUGGGAUCAUCGGGAUGGGCAGCAUUGGGUACAAAGUGGCUCAGAGAGCCAGAGCCUUCAACAUGAGGAUCCUGUACCAUAACAGAAACCGGAGGAGAAAGGAGGAGGAAGAGGCAGUUGGUGCCCACUACUGCGAGAAGUGGGAAGACUUGCUGCAGCAGUCUGACUUUGUGAUGUUGGUUGUGAACCUGACUCCUGAGACUCACAAACUGAUUGGGAAAAAGGAGCUGGGGCUGAUGAAACCCACAGCUACUCUUAUAAACAUCAGCCGAGGUGCCGUUAUUGAUCAAGAUGCAUUGGUGGAAGCUCUCCAGAAUAAGGUCAUCAGGGCUGCCGCUCUGGACGUGACGUACCCUGAGCCUCUGCCAAGAGCUCAUCCUUUAUUAAAAUUAAAUAAUGUCAUCAUAACCCCUCACAUUGGAACCGCAACAGUCCAAGCUAUCCAUAUGAUGGCCGAAGAAGCAAUAGCAAAUAUGCUGGCUGUUCUCAAUGGCCAACGCGCUCCAAGUGAAGUGUUUCCCAAAUGA